AUGACAUCCGAAGAUCAAGAAAGCCGCACUCUACACCUUGUAGGCAUCGGUGUUGGCCACUCCAUCGCUCCGCCCAUGCACAACCACAUCGCACAGUCUCUUGGGCUUCCAUGGACCUUUUAUGCCACAGAGUGUACCACUCUCGAUGAGCUGAUGGAACUCGCGAGAAAGGAUACUACGGCGGGUCUGGUCGUCACAAUGCCUUAUAAGAAUGCCAUCCUCCCUCGACUCGACGUCUUGGAUGACCUUUCCACCACCAUCGGUGCUUGCAAUAACGUCUAUCGUGAUUGGGAAGACCCCAAGAAAUUACACGGAACCAACACCGACUGGCGUGGCAUCAAGGGUUGCUUACUCGAGAAGGGAGAUCAGGCUGGUGUGCCUGUUCUGAACAAGCCAGCUCUGAUAGUUGGUGCAGGAGGUGCGAGCCGAGCUGCUGUCUACGCAUUGAACUCUUACUUCAAAUCAUCGGUUAUUUACGUACUCAACCGUGAUUCCCAGGAAGUAGAGGAUCUCGUGAAAGAUUCGCAAAAGCUUUCGCCAAUCCCCAAAAUUGUUCACGUCAAAGAGGGCGAUGCUCAAAAUCUUGAGACUCCAUACUACGUUGUUGGUACGGUGCCUGAUCUUGAACCCAAGAGCCCCGAAGAACUCGCUGUCAAGGCCUCUCUCGAGGACUUCCUUUCACGCCCGGAAAAGGGCGUACUACUCGACAUGUGCUUCAAGCCUAGACGUACCAGGAUGAUCAAGCUCGCAGAACAAAAGGGAUGGCCUACGGUUGAAGGAACUCACGUUAUCGGAUAUCAGAUUGAGGAACAGUGGAGGCUUUGGGCCGGGGCUGAGAAGGUUAAGAAACUUGACAAGGAAGGAGCAUGGAAGGUUCUGAUGGCUGGAGCAGAAAGUAGUGCUGGUAUCAACUUCUAG